AAAAUUGUAGACCAUAAGGAUAGAAGAGAAACAUUAAAAGCCUAUGGGGGUAAAAAUAAAGUUUUUGUAAUCAGCCUGCCACCAAAACCCCACAAAUCCUUCACUAAGCAGCGCCCUGUCCCUCUUCUCCGCAAAACCCUUGCAGCCCCAUCAACAAAGCUUAAGAUGGCUUGGAAAGGUAUAUGGCAGCUGAAAAAGCUGGUUGUGAGCUACUGUGACUGGGGAGGAAGUAGUAGGGGUAUCAGGGCCUUCAUAGAGUCAAACCUGCCAGCAUAUAAGGAUAGCAAUCCACAACUAGAGGUGAUCACUGAACUUUCUCGCGGUCAGCAUCCAUGUUUGAAGGCUUUUUACAAGAACAAAAAUGAGAGGGUGGUAUGUGUGAAGAAUUUGGCAUCAGAAGACGUACUUCUUCAUGCUACCAGGCUAAGGAAUGCGUUGGGAAGAAAAGUGAAAAAACUGCCAACAAGGCAUGUGACCAAACACCCUAGCGUACAGGGUACAUGGACGACUGAUGUUAGAUUUUGAAGCACGAAAACAUUCUAUAUUACAACUUCUCGUGGCUUUAGCUUCAUGAAGAUAUUGUGAUAACAUGCUGGCACCGGGAUCAAGUGAAAGUCAUCUGUAAUGUAUUUUCUUGGGUUAGCUUGAACUUCCGGUCAUAAUUUAGACGUUCCAAAACUUUGGCCCUAGACUUGGUCCCAGUUUGUUUUGUUCUAAAAGACACGACAUUUGCAUAUCUAUCCCAUUCGAUAAAAUUCAGUUA